AAUAGUUUCACUUCCCCCGGCGGGGGUGGUGCUUUCUCCGUGCGUGCAGCAGCCAGGCAGCCAGGCCGGUUAUUGCCCCUCCCCGGGGUCAGUGACAGCCCCCUCCGCCACUAGCUGCCCCGCCGUUCCUCUCGCCUCUCCUUCCAGGGACCGGCUUGCGGGCGUGCGCCGGGAACUGCAGACCAAGGCCUCGAGAGAUGUCCCGGCCAUGCCUCCGCUGAGCCUUGUACCCCGUUGCCUCCGCUUGUGGCCCCGGUGAAGAGGGGGGCACGAGGCGCCGCCCCUAACGGAGCGCGUUUCCCCAGCAGGCGGCCCCGGCUCGGCCGAGCCAUGGCGGACUUCUCCCCGGCGCUGUCCCUGCGGGAAGGUGGCCCCCGCGCGGCAAGGCAGCCGGCCUUGACUCCAGCCCCCUCGCCGCCUCCGCCACGCUCCCGAUCGGGCUCGGAGUCGGAGGAGGCCGAGCUGUCCCUGAGCCUGGCCCGCACCAAGACCCGCUCGUACGGCAGCACCGCGAGCGUGCGGGCGCCCCUGGCCGUCGUCGUCUGCGAGCGCCAAGUGCAGCAUCGGGUGUGCGCGGGGGACACGCUGCAGGGCAUUGCGCUCAAGUACGGAGUCACGAUGGAGCAAAUAAAAAGGGCCAAUAAACUAUUUACCAAUGAUUGUAUUUUUCUUAAGAAAACUCUGAACAUCCCUAUAAUAUCAGAAAAACCUUUAUUCAAUGGACUUAAUUCGCUUGAGUCUCCUGAAAAUGAAACUGUGGACAGCAGCCAUCUUUCUCAGGAAGAAGAGAUAGUUGAAGAUCAAGAAGAGAACAUCUCUCCUGUUUCUCAGGACUCUGAUAUCCAGUCCAUUCAGCCUGAAGAAGUGUCUGCCAAAGAUUUUCUACAGAGACUAGAUUUGCAGAUCAAGUUGUCAACACAGGCAGCCAGAAAACUAAAAGAUAGCAGAGAUGAUGAGAGUCCCUAUGCAACAUCUCUCUACCACAGUUAAAUGAUUAAUAGACCAGACUUGGAAGAAGAAGCAUGUGGAUUUUAAAGAGUACAGCUGAAGAUUCUGAAGGCUGCCUUUAGGAUUCUUAGUACAGAUUUCUGAGAGUCACAUACUGAUAAUUUCACUGACUGUAAUUGCACUGAAAUAAUUUGUCCCUUUUUGCCUUCUAUACCUUGAUGUCUUCAUUAUGGCAUGAUCAGUAAACUUAUAUUCUUGAGCUCACUCUUUUGUAGGAUGGCUUGAUCUUUAGGCUAGCUUUUGUAAAUAUUUAAAAUAAAGCACUAAAGACUUCUGAAUUUAAAUAGUCAAGAUAAAACCAUCAUUUAUCUUUGAAAAAUCUAAUAGAUAAUAACUGCUCUUUUGAUGAGUGAAUUUGCUGUGUGUUUAUAAUAUAUGAGGUGAAAUAUAUAUAUACAUAUAUUUAGGUAUGUAUUACAUAUGUUGUAUUAUUCUGAAGAACAAAAUUUAUUUCUCUAUUUUGAAAAAUAAACUGAAAAAGUAUGAAUGA